GCAGGCCUCGUGGUUGUCCCCUUCGCGGUGGUCGCAGCUUCGUGGCCGUCGCUGGGGUCAGCAAUCGCGGUGCACGUCUCCGCGAUAUGCUUGCACCUGUAUAAGCUCCCCUGGAUGUGGGAGUACGAAUUCUUCUCCUUGAUCGUCGAGCUCGCCUUUGUUGUCUGUGCCUGCGUCGCAUGGGUGCGGACAGGGAGCGAGCUGGCUGAGAAGUCGGACACGCUGUCAGUUUCAGAGGUGCGGUGCGAGCUGGCUAUGGAGUACGUGGCGCCCCUGGCCCACUUAGCGGCAAUCCUCGCACUGUAUAUCCCCGCGGGUGUCUGGAAACUCACGGAUAACUUUUUCGACCCGGAGAGCUCGUGCGCUCCUGUCCUUUUCGCACAGCUGAUUGUCCGGCUCGCUCCAGUCGGCCUUGUGGACGACGCUUGGAUGCAAGUGCUUCUGCGGGCGCAGCCGCUGUGCGUGGCUCUGCUGGAGCUCAGCGUGGGGCCCAUGCUCUGGCUCUCGCCGAGGGCUGGCGUUUUUGCGGCCAUCGCCUUUCACACUUGCGUCGCCCUGACGCCGCCGCCCAACAACGCCGCUGGCUUCAGCGUUGCAGCUGGUGUCUCCCUGGUGCUCUGCCACCACCGCCACUUCGCAGCGAGCGCGGCGCGCGCCGCGAGCCCUGGGAAGCCGGAGAGCCUGCUCAUCGGGCUCGCAGUCGCUGCUGGCGUCGGCGCGGCCGCUCGGGGCGGUGGCGACUGGGCCGUCGCCGUGUACGCUCCGCUGGCGGCGCUGCACUUCUCGGCGGUGCUCCUGUCGCGGGAGGGGCCCGAGGAGGCGAGCGCCCCGCGCGGCACCGUCAGCGCAGCCGCUCGGCGGGCCUUUGCUGCGGCCUGCGUGAUGUUCGCCUUCGCGCCGCCGCUCCUGGGGCUGCAGGACGCGGGCCCUCCCUGCCAUGGCGAUGUACGCGAACCUCCACGUGGGGACCGACCCGCAGCGUCCACUGCCCCGACAUAUGGCAACCACAUGGUAUUGCCGACGGGCCUGGUGCAGGCCUGGGGCGUACCGCCCUACGACGGCGGCGUAGUACGGGUGACCACCGCUACCUCUGAGCAUGUGCUUGGCCACUAUUCGGCUGAGGUGACGAGCCUGUUCCCGCCCGCGGUGCUGCAGCACCUCCGGCGUGCUGGGCACAGUGGCAGGCAGUUCAUGCCGUACCUCGCGCGGGUGCUCGGGCCCGGUGUCGUCCCCGGCGGGCGGUUCCUGCCGUUCGAGGUCCCCGUCUUCGAGCUGCGGCGGAUGCUGUCCGAGGCCGCGCAGAGGGGCGAGACGUUCAACCUGUCCUACCGGCGGGUGCUCGGCUCGGGCGACGUUGGCCCCGUGACCGAGAUCGGCGCGGUCGCGGGCGACCUGCGCGGGGCGCGCUGCUCUGGCGAGUGCGGGCCGGAGGCGCCCCACAGGCAGGGGCCGCCGCCCUGGUUGGCCUCCAAGCUGUCGGCCUUCCGGCUGCGCCUGGCAGGCGCGAAGGCCUGCCUGGACUGA